AUGCGUGGGGGGGUGGGAGGUGGGGCGGCGGGGGGGGGGGGGAGGGGAGAGCGGGGGUCUGGUGUGUGUGGCGGGUGGGUUUUGGUUUCGUCCGCGGCCGUGAUGACGCCGUCGUUGAAUUCGGUCGUCUCGUUUCUGAAUUCUACUUUCGCCGCAACCGCUCCCGCAUCCCGCCACGGGGGCUACGUUGUGGCGUGGUUUUCGACUGCUGUCUCUGUCUUCGCUCCACCCACUCCUUCUCAGGACGCCCCUCUCGCUGUGGUUUAUGCUUCUCUUUUACAGCUACCCCAGCUUGAGGAUACGGCCCAUGUGGCAGUCCACGCCAAGUCCCCCCCAGCCCACCCGCCCGCGCGCCUCACCGUUACCCCCCACGCUUCCCGCUCUACGUCUUUGGUGUCUCGGGAUUUCAACCAGUCUCCUCUCCUCUUCAUGCCAGCCCGCCUCUUCCUUGCUCUUCUGGCUCUUCGGUACCGUCCGUCGUGGUAG